AUGAAAAUAUUUCAUCAAUCGAAGAAUAAUCAAAAUGAACAUAUUGAAAUGAGUUCAAUAAAUAAUCAAUCUUCAUCAUCAAAAGAAAAAAGCAUUCAACAAACAUUUUUUGGUAGAAAACAUACUUCAAAUAAAUGGACAGAUAACAUUGCAAAUCCACUAAAAAGUCGACGAAAAAUUCUUAGUAAAGCUUUAAUAUGUGUAAAUGAUAGUUUAAUUCAAAUUAAUAAACAUAAUUAUGAUUCUCCAUCAAGAAAACGAAAGAAUGAUGAACAAAAUAAUAAAAUAACAAUAAAUGUUAGUGGUAAACAUUAUCAAACAUAUUCAUCUACACUUGAAAGAUAUCCAAAUACAUUAUUGGGUAAUAAACAAAAACGAAUGUAUUAUUGGGAUGAACAAGAAGAAGAAUAUUUUUUUGAUCGUCAUCGAGCUUGUUUUGAAGCAAUACUUUAUUAUUAUCAAUCAGGUGGACGUCUUCGUCGACCAGAUUAUGUUCCAUUAGAUACAUUUUUAGAAGAAGUUUCAUUUUUUGAUUUAGGUCCCCAAGCUGUUUCACAAAUAAGUAAAUCAGAAAAUGUUUCGAUUAUUAAAUAUAUUGAUUUACCAAAUUUGUUUUGGCGUCGUUAUAUUUGGUUUUAUCUUGAAUAUCCUCAACAUUCAAUAUUUGCUCGAAUUCUUAAUUUAAUAUCAAUGUUAUUAACUGUUAUAUCAUGUAUUACAUUAGCUGUUGAAACUUUACCAAAUUAUAAUGAAAAAUAUGGUAAAUUAUGUGAAAAAGAAAAUAAUAUAACAUUAUCAGAUAGUGAUUCAUCAUUAUGUUUAGCAAUGUUUUCUUCACCAUUUUUUAUAAUUCAAACAAUAUGUGUUUCAUAUUUUACAAUUGAAUUUAUUUUACGUUUAAUUAGUACACCAUCAUAUUAUAGAUUUAUUUUAUCUAUAUUUAAUUGGAUUGAUUUAAGUACUAUUAUACCUUAUUUUAUAUUUUUAGGUAUUGACUUACAUCAUAAAGAAUUAGAAUUAAAUGGAAGUCUUAUUACUGUUUUACGUGUAUUAAGAAUAUUAAGAUUUUUACGUUUAAUGAAAAUUUAUUUAAUUUUUAAUCAAUUGAAAUCAUUACGUGUUCUUAGUUCAACAUUAAAAGAAUCAUUUACGGAUUUUAUUAUUUUGAUUAUUAUAUUGACUUUAUUGGCUUUUAUAUAUGGUGAUAUGUAUCCAAUAACAGUAAUUGGUCGAAUAUUUGCUUGUACAUGUGCUUACUUUGGUGUUGCAACAGGUGGUAUACUUGUAUCAAUACUUGUUGAUCGUUAUCAACGUGUUUAUAAUAGAAAAAAAUUUUAUCCUGAACAAAUUAUAUCAGCAGUUGAUCCAAAUGAAAGUGAACAUGAAGAAAAACAAGAAUUUAUAAAUAGAAAAUUAUCUGAAGUUAAACAUUUUGUAUCAAAUAUACCAAUUAUUCCACCGACACCGGCACCUUCAAUAUCUUCACCAAAAACUAAUAGACAAUUUUCUAAAAUGAGUACUUUAUCAUCUCAAAUUCAAUUUAUUAUUUCAUUUAAUGAUAAUCAAACACAUGAUCAAUCAAUAAAUCAAACAGCCAAUGAACUUAUGAGUGAAUUAAAAGAAGUAGUCAAAAAUAGUAACGAAGAGAUUAAUUUUAAAUUAAUUAAGCAUAAAACAAAUUCUUUAAACGAUAGAAUAUCAACUGUAAAUGAAUUAUCUUCGAAUUCUUAA